CUUGAGACAUGCGAAAGGCCACUACCAAGAUUUUUUUUUUUUAUUCCUAUCUUUGGUUUUAGACUGAUUUUACUCAAGGUAUUGAUUUUCUUUAGAAAUAAGGAACGAUUCCUUUUUUUUUAAAGAUCUCUGAAAGGUGGAAUUGAUUUCUACGGACUUUUCUUGGUAAUUCUAGUUAAUUUCGAACUAGCUAUAGAUAUUGGUGUUCUUUUGGUUUUUGGUUUGCCAUUGCAAAAAUGAAGAAUAAAUACAUCCCUGUUUCAGACUCUGACGAGUCUUUUAAAACGCUCAUUGAUGAGAAAUCAGAUAUACAUUCUUCAGAGGUUACGCCUCCUCCGUAUUCAGGUAAGAUUUACUGAAAUAGAAAGGAAGGGUUGGUUUUUUUGUAUGUUUGUAAUCCAGUUAUGGAGAUUUCUUACUGAGGAAUCCUAUUUGUUUAUUUGUUUGUUGUUUUUAACCUUGUCGACGAUUGUCAAUAAACAGGAUGAAUACCUCCAUCCUCUGGUAAACAACGAAAACUUCAGUUACUAAUACAUUCAUUAGCUUCAAACAAAUUUAUCGAUUUAGAAAUGGCUGACGGUUCCGUUCAGAAUUCCGCCCAAGAAUCUGCUAAUAAUACUAGGUCGGACACUUCUGAAAAGAACAAGUUUCAAUGUCAUUUUUGGAGAGGAAUAGCGACUACUCAACUUCUUUUAUAUCAUUCUGUUUUUUUAAUCAUAGUCUUCGGUUACAAGAUUCCUCUGAAUACAGGUGUUUUUUAUGGGCUUGCUGGCGGUUCUAUUGGAUCCAUUAUUAUUUUCGUAAUUGUAACCCUUAUAGCCUAUCCUGGAUGGUUCACCCAAGCUGGGUGCAACAUGUGUGUCGCAGUGAUAUAUACGGGUCUUCUGAACGUCGUUGGUUUCGUAUUCUAUCGUAAUGUAAAGAAAAUAAUAGGAUUUGAAAAGAUGAAUGAUAUUGCUUUCUAUGGUGUCUGCUUUGUUAACGUUGCCGUGUUUGUUUUAUUUUGGAGAUAUCCAGAUGCGCGACAACUUCGAAUAUUCAUUGCUGAUUUAGGAAACGGCAUAACAAAUGCUGCGAAUUAUGUUCGACCGACAGAUCCGGAAAAUGAAGCACCUCAUAACGAGGAAAUCGAGCUUCAACCUUUUGCUGGGCAAAGCGCUGAAGUUUGAGUUUUAACGAAUCUUUUCCAUCCCUCCUAUAAAUCACAUUUCCUUGGAAGCAUUCAUAUCAAUUGCAAUCCCUCGAGUUUCUGCAUUCUUGUCCACAAAAGUAAGCACAGCUUCAUUCGGCAGGUUGGAUUGCUUUUCACGUUCACUCUUUUAUGGAUCUAAGAAUUCGUUUCGCAAUAGUGUUAUUUAUGAAUCGUUCGUUUUCUUUCUGACGAACAUCCUUGUUAAUGCAACCCUUUUAAUGAUUUCAUUCACAGCAUAAAAAGCACAAAUCUUUCAACUUGAACGAUCCGACUUUUAUAGCCUAAUGAAUCAAAUUGUCGUCUACUUAGAGAGUCAAGUAAAUGAACUGAAACACGA